CUGGAAGAUAAGGAACGAACACCGACUCCGUUGCGAUAACAACACUGAAGCGUGGAAGAAGUCCCCCUAUCGAAGCAUCCAUCCGCCGGGUGAUCAUCACGCUACUUGAUUGCCGAAUCCUUUUCUAGAAGGCUUCCACUUCCUUUUCCCUUCUCUUACGAUCCUAACUAUUUUAACUUCGUUAUCGACCAUAUUUACACAGCCCAUCCAUCACACUGCCCGACAUGCCGGAACUAGCGGGCUACAAGGAGAAGGGCAAGGAAAUCUUCAAGAAAGGAUGGCAUCCGGAGAAAGAGGGAACGACUUUAAAAGGCCAAGUGAAAGGCUUGCUUGGACGCGGAGAGGAUCCUAGAGAACGUUAUGCGGACCAUCAAUCAACCCCAAUUUCCUCUCUACGCGACCCAGCCUCUUUCCCUCCUCCGCCCAAGCGCAGGAUCGGCGACCUCACACCGCCGCCCCCGCCCUCCCGGCCUACCUCCACGAAUCCGGCCGAGUCACAGCAAUACGGACAGCAACAGCAAUAUGGACACCACCAACAACAACAUGAAGGAGUUGAGGAAGAUGGGCCGCCGCCACCCCCGAGAACAUACCGAGUAGACACCACCGGUCUAUCGACAGCACACUUACCGCCCCCUCCGGUCCGCAGAGACGGAGCCGAUGGCCGACCUCCACCACCACCUCGCCCUUCAACCAUCAGUGCAGGUGGCCUACCUUCUACCGGAGGACCACCGAGCCUGCCACCCAGACUACCUCCUCGCUCAUCCACAGCUUCUCCGGCCUCACCACAGGCAGGUGAUGGUUACCUCAAUCAAGGCGCUGUAAACCGCCUCGGCGCAGCGGGCGUCAACGUUCCCGGGUUUGGCAUAGGCAGCGAAAAGAGUGCCGCAGCAACUACUUCGAACCAAACGCCUCUACUGCCGCCACCCUCUUACACCCCCAUCAACCGUCCCGCUCGAUCAACCACGACCGGCUCUACCUCUGGUACCGCGGGCAGCGGUAGUUUCACAGACCAAGCCAAAUCCCAACUGUCCAAUCUCCAAAACCGCUUCUCCAAACUUACCACGGGCGCCUCUUCCUCCACCACCCCAGGAGCAACUUCCCAACCCUACUCCCAACCCUACCACUCCCUCCCUCCCGGCUCUUCCACCACCACCACCUCCACCCCAACCUCAACCUCCACAACCCCCACACCCCCUUCGAAUCGGCCCAUCCUCCCCCCUCCACCACCCGCCUCUCGCGUAUCCCCUACCUCAACAGGCCAUCAAGAAGGUACCACCACUGCUCCUGAAGGAGGAGGAACAACCUGGGCUCAAAAGCAACACGCGCUCAAAACCGCUUCAGCCUUCCACAAGGAUCCUCGUUCUGUUUCCUAUUCCGAUGCCAAAUCCGCCGGAGGGACGAUAAACAACUUCCGCCAAAGACACGGGGACCAGAUAGCGGCAGGGAUGAAGACGGCCCAGAGUCUUGGGGGGAAGGCAGCCGGGGCAGUGGGGAGUCUGAAGGAUCGGUUUGGUGGUAGUGGUGGUGGUGGUGGUGGUUCAACAGGAGGUAGUUAUGGGGGUAAUGCCGGUACGUCACAGCCGCCGCCGCCGCCAGUUGGGACCAGAACAAGAGCCGAGAGUGCUGUUUCAUAUGAUCAUAGGCAUGGGCAUGGAUACAGUGACUCGGUUGGAUCUGCCACGCCGGGAAGUCCAUCCGCAGCAGCGGCAACGGCUGCAGCAGCCAAGAAGAAACCACCUCCGCCUCCGCCGCCCAAGAAGAAACCUGCUUUGACGGCGCCGCCAUCUGUAUCUGCUUCGCCGGGACAAGGGGAACAAAAUGCCCCGCCACCACCACCCGUGCCGCUUGCUACGAGACCUGCCUUUUGAGGAGGAGGGUUAUUGACGACAAGGGAUAUCCACGUUAUAGGUUGACAGACUGUAUAAUAUAAGAUUUGAGUUCGUUGGAUAGAGUGGACUGGGCGCGUGCGUAGAUAACUAUUCGUAACCUUGGAGAAGGCCGGAGAGUCUGAUUAGGGCAAGGAUGGGAUGGACAGGCAGACUUGGAUCAUAGCGCCGACACGGAAUAGGGUAGCACAGGAUAGGAUAGGAUAGACACAAAGGUUCAGGUUCUCACUCGGUUCGGGCACAUGGAUGAUAGCGUCACAUGCCGAAACGAAGACUGGGGGAUGAGGAGGAGGAGGAGGAGGAGGAGGGACGUUGCUUGGUUACCUAUGGUGCUUCGAUUCGCG